CUCUCUCUAUCUCUCUACAUGUUUUCCACUUUACUUUUGUUGGCUUAAUCAAUUUGUUUUCUUAACCAGCUAUAAAUGCCCCAUCUCUGUUCACCUCAGUUUUGCUUUUUCUUUACUGUUUCUCUCUCUCUCUCUCUUUCUCUGGUUUCCUCCAUUGCAAACCAAGCCAAGCUUCCUUUCCAGCUUGCUUUGGAGGCCCCUCUCCUUCACACAGACAAAACACCCACCAACCAUUUUACCCACCUUUUCUUUUGUGCUCCUCUAAAAUCCACCCCAUAUUUUAUAUAUAUAAAUUCACGCCUUCCUUUCCUUUCUCUCUCCCCUUCCCCCACAUUUUCAUUUUCUCUCCCCUUCUCUUGAAAGAUUAGAUUUUUGUCUGGCUUGCCUCUCCUUCUUUUUUCUUUUCUUCUUAAUUUAUUUUUCUGCUUCUCUGAAUUCUUUUUGGCCCACUUGAGGACACAUCCUCCUCUACUUGUAAACUACUCCUCUGGAAACCUUGCCUUUUUGGACAUCUGGGUUUUGUUGGGUUCGAGUUAUUUCAGGUCUGCAUUGGCCUAUCUAUGCUUAUUGAGUCUGUCUUGGUUCAAAAAGAAGCCCCUUCUUUUCUUCUCUGGGUUCUCAAGGAAGAAGAUCAAGGGGGCUAGCUUAGAUCGCUACAAAGGUUGGAAUGCCUUAAUUUUUUUUUCUGGCACUGAAAGUUAGAACACCAAGCCAAGUUCAAUAUAUAGCAUCCAGAGGAUAAGAAUGUCAUCCGGAAGUUCUUUGAAUGCGGAAUUAUCGAAGAAGAUAGGAUUUUUGGGUUUAAAACUAUGGGUUGUAAUUGGUAUAUGUGUUGGCGCAUUUAUUGUUUCAAUCCUAUGUUUCUUAUCUAUAUGGGUUACAUUUCGGAGGAAAUCUCGAAGAUCACUGGACAAGUUCCCAGUCACCCAAAUACCAAAUGUCUCUAAAGAUAUCAAUGUUGAUAAGGUUGGGGCUCAGAGUACCCACGAUCACCCUGAUAAUUUAUUUCUUUCAGUACAUGAGAAAGCAAGUGAUAAGAAUUCAGAGAAGAUGUUAGUUCAUUUAGGCACGAGCAAAUCAAGUGAUCCUGAUAACAUGAGUCAGUGCAGCUCAAUUUAUCAUCAUGAGAGGGCAUGUAGUUCACAGUCAGGGGAAGAAGGAAGCUCUGGGAAUGUGCGAAAGCAGUCGUCAUUGCCAUAUGGAGGGCUUGUAACAGCCUCUCCUUUAAUUGGCUUGCCAGAAGUUUCUCAUCUUGGGUGGGGCCACUGGUUUACUCUUAGGGAUCUGCAGUUUGCUACAAAUCGUUUUUCUGCAGAAAAUGUGCUUGGAGAGGGUGGUUAUGGGGUUGUUUACAAGGGCAGGCUGAUCAAUGGAACUGAUGUGGCAGUGAAAAAGCUCUUAAAUAAUUUGGGGCAGGCGGAGAAAGAAUUUAGGGUUGAAGUAGAGGCCAUAGGUCAUGUUCGGCAUAAAAAUCUUGUGCGGCUCUUGGGCUACUGCAUAGAAGGGGUUCACAGGAUGCUGGUAUAUGAAUAUGUGAACAAUGGCAACCUAGAACAAUGGCUACAUGGGGCCAUGCGCCAACAUGGCACCCUUACUUGGGAGGCCCGCAUGAAGGUGAUUCUUGGUACUGCUAAAGCGCUUUCUUAUCUACAUGAAGCUAUAGAACCAAAAGUUGUCCACAGAGAUAUAAAAUCAAGCAACAUUUUGAUUGAUGAUGAGUUCAAUGCCAAGGUUUCUGAUUUUGGAUUGGCCAAACUCUUGGGUUCAGGUGAAAGUCACAUCACAACUAGAGUGAUGGGGACUUUUGGUUAUGUGGCACCAGAAUAUGCUAAUACUGGCUUGUUAAAUGAGAAGAGCGACAUCUACAGCUUUGGUGUCCUCCUGCUUGAAGCAGUUACGGGAAGGGACCCUGUGGACUAUGGCCGACCUGCUAAUGAGGUCAAUCUAGUGGAGUGGCUAAAAUUGAUGGUAGGUGCAAGAAGAUCAGAGGAUGUUGUGGAUCCAAACCUUGAAGUUAAACCCAGUACACGUGCCUUAAAACGUGCCCUUUUGGUUGCACUUAGGUGUGUUGAUCAUGAUGCAGAGAACAGACCCAAAAUGAGCCAGGUUGUACGUAUGCUUGAAGCUGAUGAAUACCCAUUUCGCGAGGAUCGAAGGAACAGAAAGAGUCGUACGACCAGCAUGGAUAUUGAAUCUGUGAAGGAAAACUCUAUCUCAGCUGACAUAGGAAACAAGCCAGGGGAUCUGGAGAGUCAAAUAUCUGAGACAACUCAUGCAUAGGACUGACAAACGCAUGAUCUUGAUGAAUGAUUCCUUCCUCACCUGCCAGAGUAGGUUUCAGUAGCCCAUCAGUAUACAUCCAAAGUUUAUUUUUUUUAAAAUUCUAAAUUUAAGAGAGGAUUUCGAUUGGAGAUAGCCCAUUUUGAUCAUGAAGCAUUGGAUCCUGAUCCUUGAAGAAUUAAUAGAGUGCUCCCAACUCCAUAGGCUCUUUUGUACAUAUGUUUCUUGGGGAUCAGUGGGGCUGUCUAUUUCAUACUUAUUGUAAUUUCUUCCCUUUGUAUUAUCAGUUGAUUACUGUUCUUCAGAUGGUGAACAACUCCAAUUACUUUAUUUAUUUUUUCAUUAA